GUUACGUUGAGAGUGUGUGUAGGAGUUGGCAGAGCGAGGACUGUUCUGUGCGAUUUUGAUAAACAUGACAAAAAGAAAGCGUGAGAGAGGAGGAGAAGUGGACGGGGGCGAUGAGGACUUACCUCAGAGAAAGAAGCGGAAUUCUUAUUUCCUUGCUUCCAUUACAUCACAAAGAUCCCGAUAUGUUAAGGAUUUUAAGAAUACUAAAAUGGACCUGGCUGAAAGGCUUUUUGCCUUUUAUAAUAAGACCAUCUUCGGCAAUAAGCUUCCUAAAAUCAAGAUCACAUGGAAUAAGAGACUGACAUCCACAGGAGGCCAGUGCUUUUAUUGCAUUUCUGAUGACGAGCGAUAUAGCCGAAUAGAGCUAUCGGACAAGGUCUGCGAUUCUGCAGACCGCGUAAGGGACAUAUUAGCACACGAGAUGUGCCAUGCGGCCACGUGGAUUAUUGAUGGCAGCAAAACUGAUGGUCAUGGUGACCUAUGGCAGGCCCAUGCAGAUAGAGUCACCCAAAUACACCCCGAGCUGCCCAAGGUGACAAUAUGCCAUGACUACGCCAUCAACUAUACAUUCACCUAUCGUUGUGAUGCUUGUAAUAAAACCGUUGGACGUUUCAGAGAAAUUCCACCGGAUAAAGCCAUUUGCCGCAUGUGCCAAAGCAGACUUUGCCUAGUGAGCCCUAGAUGAUCUGCUGAUAAAAGAAUUUCUAAACUUUUCCCUUUCCCCAUCUUUCCCAAUUACCCUACCCUAUUCACCCACCCCCACCCCCAAUAAAAAAAAAAAAAAAAACU